UUACUUUCCGAAUUUCUUCGCGACAAAGCCGACGUUCUUCGACGGACGAGUGGCAUCGGUUAUUCGGACAUACAUUCGACUUUUGGUUCGCCGAGAAUAUCUUGUUCGGAGAAAGCGGAAAUUCGACUUUCGGUGGCAACCGUCGCCAGCGUUGUAUCUUGGCAUAUUUUACAAGGAAAUAUCUCGGAAUAUCCAAGUAUCUGCUCAGGGAUACGCGUAGUCGUAUAUAAUAGCCAUUGGAGUAUUCGAAAAUUCUCUGCGUCGAUUCGACGGCUUCUCCGAAAGUGUAGAGAAUAACGUUACGAUAUUCCGACGGAAUCGGCUUAGGACUGACCUCGAUGCAAUUCGGCCAAUUUCCCGUCGAGUAUAGGAAACGUGUACACUCGAAACGCGCGUCCAGUGAAAGAUAAGCGAAAAAUAAGCGAAAGAUAAGCGAAAGAUAAGCGAAAGAUAAGCGAAAGAUAAGCGAAAGAUAAGCGAAAGAUACCGAUACCGCGUAAUUACCUUUGACUUUCACUCGUACGCGAACCUAUUCGUUCCCGUGUUCUCGAUCGCGAAGCAGACACAGCAGUUCCGUGAAACGAUCAUCGAACCGGAGCGCGCGAAUACGAACGAAGCGACGAACAGUUUCGAGAUUACUCGACAAAAGUUCCCUAAUAACCAAGUAUCCAAGUACCAAAGUUCACGAAUAGUUCUUUGCUAUUGCUACAAGUAUAAAUAAAUAAACAUGUAUAAAGCAAAUCUACUUGCUACUCGAAUUAUGCCUGGAGCAUCGCACACUGUCACCCGAAAUAUUGCUGCUCUGUCAAUGUUAUCAGAAACACAUCAAAUGCUGCACAAGACGUGCAAGUAUUUAUCUCAAGUUAUUCCUUACUCACGACGUAUCUAUUUAUUUAUAAUUACUUACCUGAUUAAUGUUGUUCGUUAUCAGAUAAUGCUAUUUAUAAAUAUUCAGUGUUGAAAAUGUUGCGACAGGGAUUUUGCAGAAAGCGAGUUGAAACCAAUAGCAGCAGAAAUUGAUAGAAAGCAUCUUUAUCCGAGAGAACAAAUUAAAAAGAUGUGGGAAUUGGGUUUAAUGGGCAUAGCGAUUCCUGAAACCUUAGGUGGAAGCGGACUGGAUUAUUUAUCCUAUGCUAUCGCGUUGGAAGAAAUUUCUAAAGGAUGCGCCAGUACAGGUGUCAUUAUGAGUGUACAUAAUUCUCUUUAUCUGGGCCCUAUAGAAAAGUUUGGCUGCGGUAAGCAGCAAGAGAAAUAUGUCACACCAUUCGUAACUACUUCCAAACUUGGAUGUUUUGCUCUUAGCGAACCCGACAAUGGUAGCGACGCAGGUGCUGCUUCUACCACUGCCAAAUCGGAUGGAGUCAACUAUGUAAUUAAUGGCACAAAAUCAUGGAUAACGAAUGCUUAUGAAUCUGAUGCAAUUGUUUUAUUUGCUACAACAGAUAAACAGAAAAAGCAUAAGGGCAUAAGCGCUUUUAUAGUCGAUAAGCCUUCAGAAGGUCUUUCUCUUGGGAAAAAAGAAAACAAGCUCGGGAUUCGAGGCAGCAGUACGUGUUCAUUGAUAUUCGAAGACUGUAAACUACCAGCUGAAAAUUUGUUGGGAGAAGCAGGAAUGGGUUUUAAAAUUGCAAUGACGACAUUGGAUGCUGGUAGAAUAGGCAUCGCUGCUCAAGCUUUAGGCAUAGCUCAAGCAUCUUUUGACACUGCUGUUGAAUAUGCAGCGAAACGUCAAGCAUUUGGUAUGUCUAUAAUUAAGCUACAAGCGAUUCAACAAAAAAUCGCAGACAUGGCACUAAAACUAGAAAGUUCAAGAUUGUUAACGUGGCGCGCAGCUGUACUCAAAGACAGUGGUAAACCGUAUACAAAGGAAGCUGCUAUGGCGAAGUUGUCAGCAUCCGAGACUUCUACCUUCUGUAGUCAUCAGUGCAUACAAAUAUUAGGAGGUAUGGGAUACGUCACUGACAUGUCGGCGGAACGUCAUUACAGAGACGCCCGUAUCACGGAAAUUUACGAAGGUACAUCGGAAAUACAAAGACUCGUUAUAGCCGGAAACAUUAUCAAAGAAUACAAUCUCAAUUGAAACCUUCGAAUCUGAUACACCCUUUUCUUAUUCAAACUCUCCACGUAUCAACAAAAUAUUUUUAUAUGCCUUUUUUUUACCGAGAAUGAAAUCAAUAAAUUUUAUAUACGACGACUGCUACUUUUCUUUAGCGUCUAUUUCUUCCAUACGACUUUACAACACAUAAUAUGAACGCACAUAUGCAACUAUGUUAAACAACAUAAUUGUACAUAUAUACAUGCAUAUCAGGUACAUCGUAAUCAGCCACACUCCCCCUUUCCUUC